AUGCCCAAUAUAUCAUUUUUAUCUCCUUCGAGAAUCAUACAGCGCACGAAUAUAAUCAAUAGAUAUUACAUUAUUGUACCAAUACGCAACUUUACUGGUGAAUUAUCAGCGACAAAUGACAAAUUACUCGUUCAUACCGAUAAUUUUCCGCCAAUAGCACAAUAUAACUUGAAACAGAUACAGAACCAUGGCGAAUGGGACCAAGCCUUUGCUAGUUUAUUGACUAUUGUUGAUAAGUUAAGUUUAACAUCAAUAUCUUAUGUACUGAAACAAUGUGGCAUCUUCAUUUAUCGCAUAAGGAAAUAUGAAAAGUAUUGCCUAUCACAGGACAAUGAACAUCGGCUGAGAUUACUUGAUGCAUUGGUUAAAUCAAUAAUAACUCGAAUUUCAUGCAAAUUGAAUGAAGUUAAUGAUCAGAAUGCAGGUGUUUUAUGUGAAAUUUUACAUUUUUUUUCCAAAAACUACUACCAGUCAGCCUAUCGCAUAUAUGAAACAUUGGAGAACAAACUAAACGAAUUGCAUAUAGAGGACAUGCAGUUAAAACUAAACUUUAUCUCUUCCCUAACAAAUUUUACCAGAAUAUACGGAAUGAUGUCAAAUGAAUGGGCACAAAGACUUGUUUUAAAAAUGAUAAAAUCUCACAAUAAAUUAACCAUCUCUAGUAUGACUCAAGCACUUGACAUUUUAUCUCCAAAAAUGAGUUUAUCACAACAAACCAUGGAUAAAAUCAUUGACACAGCACUGAGUCUUUUAAAUUACACAGAAAUGGACAUGCUUAGACACUUCCUAACCCACAAAACAUUGUUUAUAUUGAUGAACAAUUUGGUGAAGUUAUAUAAAAUAAGACCAUCAGAAAAACAUUUUCUAUUGCAAAAAAGACUACUUGAAUUGCACGACUCAUCAUACGGAGCAAGCAACUACUGUAAUAUGAGCGAAUCGAAUUUGAAUAAACUCAUUUCAUCACUACACAAAAUGCUAGUGAUCAGUUUGAUACAUGAGUGCGAUGAUGUAACAAGUGUUUGUAUGAAAAUUUUGGAAAAGAUAACACUGGGAAUAAUGGAUAGAUUAUUAAUUCGCACUCAUAUGACUUCAAAUUGGGGGGUUAUAGGAUCGGAAACAGUAAAGUACCUGGUGAUUUUGGGUAAUGUGAAUUACUUGGCUAAAAGCAUCUCAUCAUCACCUUUCACGUUUUAUUUUGAAAAAUUGUUAAAGAAGAUCGCUAUAUUAUGGGAUAAGAAUGAAUUUACAAUCAGUGACACUUACUCUUGUGUAUUGUUGAUAAAUCUUCUAAAAUCAAAAAUAAACAAUGUCCAUGCAAACAAACUAAUUCAGUUGGUUAACAAAAAAUGUAAAUGGCAGGAACUAACCAAUAGUGAAUUAAAUGCAACACUCAAGUGUAUGAUAAGUUUAAAACAAAGAAAUUUGAUCGACUCAUUGGAUUCAAUCAUUCCACAAAUUAGAAACUACAAAGACUUGCAAAUUGAUACUGCAAUUGAUUUAAACCAACAAGGCUUGAUUGAUCUCAGUUUCUGUUUGUAUUUAGCGGAGGAAACACUUGAUAGGUUAAAUUUGGCCCAAUUAGCACGUCUUGAAGAUUAUCUAACCAACAUAUCUCACAGAACUGGCGGUUAUACAACCCAUUUAACUGCUUGUGGUGAUGGCGACAUGGUGAAGGAGUUGUUAGAUAGAAUAGCCGCUAUUGUUAAAUCUGGGAAAACAUUUCCAGAUCAGGAGAAUAUAUGUAGAUUAAAAAAUACAGCCAGUGAAAUCUAUGCAAUUGAUGAUAGUUCAAGUGAAAUUAAGCUUAGGGCUGUAAGGUCAGCACGAAGACUGGGCCUACCAAUACAACUGACUGUACAAUAA